CUAGCAGUGUUAAACUUCCUUCUAGUCCAGGUUUACCUGUUCUACAUGAUGGCCAGAAUUCUCAUUGCUAUCCUGGGCUCACUGCUCAUUCUUCAGUGUGUGCAAGGAAUGUCACCACUAGGGAGAAGACGCUGCCAUUGCAUUGGACGCCUUUCCAAUUCUGUUGAUGUCAAGCAAAUAAGAAAAUUUGAGGUGUUUCCAGAAAGUUCCAGAUGUGAGAAGAUUGAAGUUGUUGCUAAAAUGAGGAAUGGAGAAGAAAAAUGUCUGAAUCCUAACUCCAAAUUGGUAAAAAUGAUCCUUAAAAGGUCUGGUAAAGCAUCUGGAAAAUAAGAAAGAAAGAGAAAGACCAGUAUAUCUUCCACAACUAAUAAUGUUAUGAACAGAACAGCGAUGAUCAUUACAUAUCGUGAGGGAAAUCUAUUAAGAGGGACAAAGGCAGGUUCUUGUCUGCAGGGAUCUGUCGGCGUCCUCUUUAUGUAGGGAUUUGCAGUAGUUUUGAUUGCUUGCAGCCUUCGUAAUUCUGGAUAGUUUGGGAAGUUUUGCACACAUCUAUGUGUACUAUAUCAUUAUGCUUGCUACAAUUUUUAUUUGAUCUGAUAUGCACAUGUAAGAACAGGUCAGGAGACACAUUUUGUGUAGGUGCAGUGCUAAUUCUACCCACAAGAGGGGGAUAUAUACAUAUCAAACUACAGGCUUAUAGUAAAUCCUAUUCAAGUGAUAUUACUCUGCUCUUCUUCGCUGCCUAUGUGUCUUGAUUGGUAAAUUUGCCCAGGAUGUAAUGCAGAACAAAACCCUAACAAGUUAUAUAUACCCUGUGAUAAUCACAUCAUAAUAAAAGCACCCAGCAUAUUAAAA